AUGCCAGAAAAAAUUGAUGGCUCUACUCUGGGAUAUAUCAUCAAUCAUGUCUUUCUCCCACCGAAACUGCCCUGCAAGGCAGAUGUAGAUAUUGAACCAAAGAUUCAGAGCCUCCUAGGGCUGAUCAAGAAUUCUGCAAAAGCAUACCAGGACGGUUUGACAGCAUCAAAAUCACAAUGGGAUUCAGGCAUACGAAUGCUUUCAAUGAUGGAAGAAAUCCAGCCAAGAGGAUGCUUGUCCAGCCGGGAUUUGGACAAGGCUAUAGGCAACAUGCGCACUGGGGAUGUUUUAGCCCUGCAUAUCCAAGCGCAAAAUGCUGGACUUAUUUUGCGUCAAACGGAAGAAGACAUCAUUUUCGAAGCGUUCGAAGCUUCUCCAAAAGCUGAAGAUGUUAUGAAGUGUCAGGGGAGACUACUGUGCUCCUUUCCUGGUCCCGCCAUUGCCGUAAGCAUCGAAAAGGCCAAGAACGUUGAGUUUCGUUUAGAGCUUUCGCGCUUCCUCGAGAAAAUGAACGUCGAUGAACUUGAAGAUGCGAUGUCUAAAUCCCGGAAGGGUGGCUCAGAUCACAUUGAAACCAGAGAAACUACCCAUCCAAGGUACAUAACGGAGCUUCUUAACGAAAUAUUGCUAGCUGUCGGGAAACCUGCAGAAGUCCACCGUAUCCAGAAAAGAAUUGCAGAUGACGUUUUAUGGGAUGAUGCAGAACUACCUUGGAGAAGGUCUCCUUUUUGGCUUACUAUCAAAGUUGCCUUGCAAUCUACAGUUGAUCGCCCCACUGAAAUCUCAGGAUACCUUCAAUACAAAGCGUUCAUGGUCUUCUUUAUGACAGACAUUUUGGAGAUUGCGUUAAAUCGAAGCCUACCAAGCGAUACUUUAUUCAUUAUGAAUGCAAAGUUGGGGCGCCGUACAUUCAAAAUGGGCAAAAGGGGAGGGUUGCCAGAAUUUCUGUUGAAGAAGGUAUCUGGCCAAUUAAGUAAAGUUGCCCAGUUCUUGGGGCAUAGGUGGAAACAAAUCAACCAGGUUCAUUCAACACCUUUCAAAUGGACGCCUCAUGAUCUUUCUUCUGAUGACGAUACACAAUUAUCAUUGGUUCAAAGCGGGGCAUAUAUUGCGGCAGUAGUUUCUAGGGUACCGACUACUGUGAGGUCAAAAGUACAUGUCCCGAAUGAGGAGAGACGUAUUGAUCCCAAAUCUAAAGAUCUUCCUCCAUUGCUGGUCGGAGAUAAGAGUGCACCUGAAAUUCAAAUUCUUCUUGCAGAUUUUGAACGUUGGGUUCGGGAGAGUCUCGAUGGCUGGGUUAUGAGGAAUCUACAGAAUGAAGACGCCUGUCGUAUACUGUGCUUAAAGAUUGAGGUGUAUGCGCAUUAUGGGGAACAGGCAUAUGCUUCUAAUCCAGAAAGCAUGUCAAUCUUUAUAUUAACUACGAUGGAGCUAUGGGUUGCCCUUGACAAGAUUGCGGUGAAUACGUGUUCACUCUUGUCAGAAUAUUUUUUCCCAGAAUUUGCAAACCACCCAUUCAAUCAUCUUCUACUCCCUCGGUAUCAUCAGAUAGAACGCCUACAUCGGGUUGAAGCAUACCUAAAACAGCGCCGUGAAAAGGCCGAUCGAAAUGCGACAUGCAUAUUUUCCAAUAAGGCCAAUCAGAAAACCUUUGCUGUGCGCUACUAUCUCAACUCUCCGAAGCAUCAAUCGAUUCGUAAGAAAAUUGAGCUGGAUGCAACUGCAGAGAGGGAAAAGAAAAUUCAGGAGUUCGAGGAGAAGAGUCGGCUUUACAACGACGCAGUCGCCCGGGUGGCAGAGCGGCCAUGCGAUUACAUUCACAGUGAUGGGGGGAGAAAGGCCUAUCAUGACCCAGAGUGUUAUAAAUGUAGAUGGAAAAAGUAUGCAAGUACUCUUAGCAUCCAAGUUCAUGAAUGGCCUCUACCAAGAGAUUCAGAUUGUCUUGCAAUGGUUGUUUUUGAGCUCGAAUGCCCUAUUGGGUUUUGUGCUUGGAGAGACGCCACUUACCAAGUCAUGGUUGACAUUCUCAGCCCGCCUUUGAUUCUGGAACAUCCUGAUACACAGCCCUUUACAGAUCUCUAUACUUAUAGUGGUUUACGACAAUACUUCAAAUGCCGAAGCCAGCAACGACUCCGUUUUUCAUCAGUGACGAAGGCGACUACACAAUCACACUACGCGAAGAUUUGCUUAACAAACAAUUCCAGCUCUGUUUGUGUCGAUAAUGCUCUGAAAUAUGGGCUAUGGGAUAGUUUUGGAUCGUAUUGGAUAGAUGGCCGUGUAGGUGCUGAUAAGUGUGACAUACAGAAUAUAUGCACCUUUAAGCUUCCCGAAGGCCCUUACCAAAAACUACAGUAUACAAUCAAUUCUACGAGGCACACUCCCAAUGAGGUUAUUUCGAGACAACACGAAUGUCCGAAAGCACUCUCCUUCCAUGAAUAUAUAGCGUUUGGCUUCUUAAGGGCUGGACAUCGUCUCCAGUGGUUGAAUAUCGUUAGAGAGUUGAGAACUCGCACACUAACCUUUAGAAAUGAGGCUGUGAAUAUUCUCCUCAUGCAAGCUGCAUGGUAUACAGGACCUCCCAACACUGAAAAUCCGAGUGCAACCCGGGAGUGUUUUACAAUACUUGAAGACACUGCUUUUGGGCACAAUCUCCUCCAAGAACUUGGUAGUAUGCUUACCAGUAUCGAGGCCAAUUGGUUGGAGGGAGUUUCUGCAAAGUCAAUAAUAUGGUUAACUACUCGUCUUUUAACUGUAGCGAGUAGUUUGGAUGUUAGGAAUUGCGCAUUUUGCUUGUUGCGCCGGGCUCGUGCUGUGACCUUAAAGUGGACCCGUCAGUUGACCACCCACAUACAGAAAUGCGAAAAGGAAGAUCAGCUGGAAGACCUGCAAAUUCGGGCAUUAGAAAUGGCUGCUAUAUGCCGAGCGACCUAUGAUGUUGAUCACGGUGAUUUUUGGCAUGUUCUUAGCUCGGGAGCAGAUGUCGCAACUUUAGUCGAAUGUGCCAUCAUCAUUCACAACAACACUCCUCCCAAGUUGGAUCAUCUCUCUCCUCAAACACACUUUCUCCUGGAUAGAGACCGAAGAUUAUCUGCCGCACUUAAAGAACAUCUUGAACGGUUAAUAUUUUCAAGCAAUGAUGGUCUCAAUAGAUGUAUUUUGAGGAUGUGGUCAGCGUAUAAACAAGGGUCACUAUGGGGUAUGUCCGACAGCAGAUGGAUAAAAACAAAGACUGCUGCAAUAUCUGGAAAUACUUCACAGGAGGUACAAUACAACUUGCUUAGUGGUCAGCUACUUGUCGAUGGGUUGCCGCUUGGCAGAAUGGGGACAGACUAUAUUUUACACCCCACCUAUACACGGUUGUUUUUGGAGAAAGUUUUUGACGUUUUCCCGUCAAAUCUCCCAGGGAUGCAGUUCCAGGCCCGGCACCAAGUCUUCGGAUAUCAGGUACAUUUCGGGAUGCAAGGGGAUGAACUUCUCAUAAAAGCUCAGAUUGAUGGGACCGAAUAUGAGCUUGUACCCCAUACAAAGUUACAAGGCGAUUUUCCAGUACACUUUACCAAAAACUACUUCCAUUGGCUGGAAAUUAAGACACGAGUUCUCGAGUUCAGGCCUAAAUCUGACCCGUGGAAAUCAUCAGCCACGAAUUGGCGCUUAAGUUAUUUGGGAUUGGCUUCUCGCAUGGCGCUGCGGAAUGAGCGUAUGAUGGACAUUCGGAAAGCUUCAUUCUCAAUGAUCACUUCAGUAUUGGGUAGGUUGGAACCACCGAAAUAUAUCGACAUAACUUUUGCACUUGACACUCGUACAGUCUUAAUUCAUCUACCUCGACUAAAAAUGGAUUUUUUUAUAAAUGAGAAAGGCGAGAUUGAGUGUCGACAAUUCCGGGGUAUGGUCGUUGAUUUUAAUCAAGAUAUUGGAACAUUCACUGGCCUCGUGAAUAGGCUUGUUAUGCGUCAGAAGUCGGUACGCAGCAUCAUAAUUCCCUAUGGAGAUGUUUGGUAUAAAACCAAAGGAAAUCAUGUUACUGUUGGUGUGGAGACGGAUAUGGAUGAGUUAGAUAGAGUACCCUAUCUUCACUACACGAUCGAUACAAGACUCGGGCGACUCGUGGGAAAUGACAGCCUAACCAGCCAUCUCUUUAAAAUAUACCUCCACGCCUUGACUACACACUGUCUACCUGAUGAGCUUACUCGACGUACAGGCACUGAAGAGGCGCUAGCAAAUCUCAAAUCAGCGACCACAUGGUCCUUCCAAAAGCUGGGGGAAGUAGAGAUCAAACUUCUAAAGCUAAUAAUGUCACUCACCCCGUCUCGCGACUAUUAUCCGAAACAUAAGAAGGUUAUGCAGACGAUAAAAUGGAAACCUCUUCCGUACCUGACACAGCACGAGGACUUUGAAUUGCUUGUUACCUCAAUUUUCAAAUACGCACGCCGCUUCCAUAUGCUUAGAGUUGAUGAUAAAACGUUGGAUCUGGAGGACCUUCCAUCCAACGUUAGCGAUCAUCUGUUAGUGAGAGCGGCCAUUCGUAACGCUACAAUUCGAAGGGACGAGUUUGGGGGCGCAAGUUAUACCGAACUUAACGAUUCGAUUUACUCUUCACGGGAUUUUAUUCCUCAAAACGACAAACUAAAGAAUGAUGUCUGGGAUACUGCAAGAUCUAUCGAAAACUGGUCCACAAAUCUAGCAACACACAAUGAUUUAAAAGGCUUACUCAAGCGCUGGGAAAGGAUUUGUGGGGCUUCCACUAAAGUUACAGAGCUUCAGUAUAAUCGCAGUGUUCUGGACCUAAGCCUCGAUUCUUGCUGGGUUGAUCUAUACAACACUCUUCGAAGAACUACCAUGCAUGAGAGGAGAUAUCGGUUGAUAUUUACAUUAUGCACAAUGGCGUAUUCAGGGAAACAAGAUAUGUCAAUCAUUGGCACGCUUCUGGCAUUCGCAACAAAUGAAAAAUUCUCACGUAUCAAUCCGCCACCGUACUCAUCCUACGAUUUACAUGAUGGGGAAAGACCCCAAUUGGAUAUACGGUUAGUGGAGAUGCAUGCGAUUAAGUUUGAGUCUAGUCAGGAGGCCCGUCUUUCAAAGAAGCAUGGAGAAAAUGCUACAUCACUACAACGGCGCCGGAGAGAUACGUAUGAAAAUAAUUUGAUGUCUCAGGCAGAAGUUUUAUUUUCAUUUUUGCAAGCUCAAUGGCCUUGUUAUACGCCCUCUUAUCCGCCGACAGCCUCCAGGGGAGUAUAUACACAUUUUAAGCUGAAAAAAGUAAUGAGUCUUAUUGUACCGAUAUUCCAGAGUUGCUACAAAAAUGUAGAGUUUUUGCGGCAUAUUGAUGAGGUUCAGAAAGAGCUGCUCAACAUGAACCUGGGUUUGAAAGAGACCCGCCCACAAUACACCUUUGAUUCAAAUAAAAAAAUCAGAGCUCCUUCAUAUUCCAAGGUCACCUUGGAAGGAAUAUUUUCGAGAAACCCACCCGAUGUUACCGAUAUUCCAAUCCCUAUCAAUGCACAACCCGCAAUUUCUCAAGGCGAAAACGAGCUGAAGUCACUAUUACUGGAGCUUGAAGCGGCACAUUCCAACCAGUUCGAGAAAGAGUAUGCUAAGAACAUGCUAAACAGUUAUGAAGCUCUCCAUAAGAAAAGCGCCGCGGUGGUUUCGGGGUUACCUUCAAAGGAAGCAUUAUUGAAACAUCGAUUGCAGUUCGAAAAUCGUAUGCAGUCGAUAUUCAAAAUUAUCGAGAAAGCAUUGGGGCCGGUAUCAGCAAUUCAAGAUCUGAUCGGUAUGACAGGUCUUUGGCCAAACAUAUCGCCCAUAUCAUUGCUUCAACGGUUAGCGAGCAAUGCUUCAGUGGAUUUAAGCCCUGGAUGGAGGCAAGUGCUCAUAGUAUAUGGCGAAGCAGUUACUAUGUUUCAACGCGCUGAGCGUCUUCUCGAUUGUUCUGAGAGCGGAGGUGAUGAUUUCGCGAGAGAAUCAGAAAACCCUGGUGGCCAAGGACGAAAUCAAGUUGCUUACUCGGAUUGGCUUCUCAUAUCCAUUGAUAAUAACCUCCUCGUGCGCCCUGUCCAGACGCAAAUUGCGCUAGAAAUGAUAGCACCUUCUUCGGGAAAAAACCAGACUUUGCAGUUGAAUAUGGGCGAAGGAAAAUCUUCGGUGAUUGUGCCCAUUGUUUCUGCAGCAUUAGCGGAUGGUAAGAAACUUGUUCGGGUCGUUGUUUUGAAACCAUUGUCUGGACAAAUGUUCCGUUUACUUGUACAAAAAUUGAGCGGGUUAGCAAACAGACGGAUAUUCUAUAUGCCCUUCUCUCGGCAGGUAAAAUUGGAUGAGAAGGCCGUGAGAAAUAUCCAGGAUCUGUAUCAAGAGUGCAUGGAGGUUGGAGGGAUUCUUCUGGUUCAACCAGAGCAUCUGUUAUCCUUUAAACUUAUGGGACUUGACCUCCUAUUCAUGCCUCAAGGAGAUAAAGAUGUUGCCUCGGCGUUGAUUCGAUGCCAACGCUGGCUUGAGAGGAACUCGCGGGACAUCCUGGACGAAAGCGAUGAGAUACUGCACACAAAGCACGAGCUCAUAUACACAGUUGGAGCUAGUACCUCAGUCGAACUUUCUCCAAAUCGUUGGACCAUUGUGCAGGAGAUCUUUGGUCGAAUACAGGUGCAUACCAAGGCCAUGGAAGGUGUAGAAGUAAAGGGCAUUCCCCAGAGCUUUCCGGGAAGUUUUCCGACAACCCGUAUUCUGGAGCCCAAAUCCAGUGAUGAAUUGAUGUCACGAAUCACAGAAGACGUCUUCGCUGGUCGUCUCAAAACGGUUUCCUUUAGACUGUUUCCCGAUUACAUCCGCGAAUUAGCGAUUCAAUUUGUUACAAAACAGGGUAUGACGGAGGCUGAAAGCGAGCCUCUAUUCAAGGAUAUGGACGAUAUAUCAAGACUUACCUUACUAUUAUUGAGAGGAUUGAUAGCCGGUGAGAUUCUAUGCAACGCGUUAGGGAAAAAACGAUGGCGAGUAGAGUAUGGUUUGGAUUUAAGCCGCUCGAUGUUGGCUGUCCCAUAUCGGGCUAAGGAUUGUCCAGCGCAGAGGGCAGAGUUCAGCCAUCCAGACGUUGCAAUUACUCUCACCUGUCUUAGUUACUAUUACGCUGGCCUGACGGAAUCACAGCUGGAACAUUGCUUUGCGACCCUUCUAAAAUCUGACAACCCAGGAAUGGAGUACGCAAUUUGGGUAGAAAAGGAUACUACUUUACCAAUGAUUUUCCGAGAAUUAAGUGGUAUCAACUUGGUUGAUAAACACCAGCGCACGAACUUUAUAUUUCCUCGCUUUCGGCACAAUAAAGCAGCCAUUGACUUUUACCUAGCUUGGGUGGUAUUCCCUAAAGAAGUGAGAGAAUUUCCACACAAAUUGUCUUCAUCAGGUUGGGAUAUUGCGGAAACAAAAAGUCAUCCAACCACUGGCUUUAGCGGUACAAACGAUAAUCGACAUCUUCUCCCGUUAUCGAUUAAACAGCAUGAAUCUGAGGGGCAGUUGAGUACAAAUGCCAAAGUACUCAGUUAUCUAUUGCAGCCGGAAAAUAGUUACUUAUGUGCUAAGGGUGAAAAUGAACAACGCCUUGAUGUUGAUAGUUUACUGGAUAAAUUGGUUCAACAGGAUCCGCAGAUACGGGUGCUCCUUGAUGUAGGGGCUCAAGUGUUAGAAAAGCGAAACUUUGAAGUAGCAAGGGAUUGGCUCAGUCGUGUACCAGAGUCCAAGGCUUCCGUUUAUUUCAACGAAGAAGAUGAGCUUACUGUCAUUACUCGUGAUGGACACCCGGAGCCAUUGAUGGUUUCCGCAUUUGCUAAACAGAUGGAUGAGUGUCUUGUAUAUCUUGAUGAGGUACACACACGAGGUACAGACCUAAAGCUACCAAAGGAGACCAGGGCGGCAGUCACAUUGGGCCCAAAUCUGACAAAAGACAGACUUGUACAAGCGUGUAUGAGGAUGCGGAAGCUCGGUCAAGGCCAGUCAGUAAUUUUCUGCGCGCCCCCAGAGAUUCAUCAGAAGAUCCUUGUAACCGCAAGAAAAACCUCAGUGGAUUCUGUUAGCGUCUCAGACGUAUUGCGGUGGUCAAUGCAUGAAACCUUUAUCAGCACCAAGAAUACUGUGCAGACAUGGGCAAGACAAGGGAUCAGUUAUCAAAACCGGAAUGUGGCUUGGAAGCACAGGGAUAUCAAGCAAAUGGAAUCAAUAAUGGUAGAACCGGACGCACAAUCACUGGAAGAGCGAUUUGGACCGCUAAAAUCGGGAAAAGAACGAUUCCAUGCAGGAACCAUUCCAAAAGAACGGCAUCACGAAAUCUCUUUGAUCGAAGAAAACUGUAAGAAAUUUUCUAUCACGUCGCUGAGGGGAUCUGAGGUGCACGAAGAACAAGAACGAGAGCUGGAGAUUGAAGUUGAACGUGAGCAACAAAGGGAAUUGCCUAGUCCCGUAGCCGCAAGGCGUCAUGCUGUCCACCCAGACAUCAAAAAAUUUGUCCAGACAGGUCUGCUCUCUGAAGGAUCUACAGCUGUUGUCCCGGCCUUCGAUCUCUUCCAGGAAUCGCGAUCAGAAUUUCAAAAAGACGCUUGGAGCAAAAGACUAUUAAUCACCAAAGAUUUUGCAACAACAACCACAAACGGAUCACGAUUUUCGUAUAUGAAUGCUUUCCUACCUCCAGUAAAUUGGCUGGUAUCAAGCUUCGCUGAAAGCACAUAUCUAGUGAUAAUGAGCUCAUAUGAGAUUAACACGCUGCUUCCCAUCAUAAUCUCCCACGAUGCCGUGAGGCUUCACAUGUAUGCGCCAAAAGUCACCAAAUCUAUGCGUACAUUUGAAGAUUUAAAUUUCUGCACUAUACCUUCAGUUGAAUCAGUUCUAGAAGCUGGGUGGAGCAUCCCGAAGGCUUUGGUGGAUCAGCUCAACAUUUUUUCUGGACAAUUAUUUCUACAAGAUUAUGAGACCUACGAGCGAUUGGGUAGUUUUCUUGGCUUGUGCUUGAAAGAUCAUGUGCCUCAUGUGGAGGGAGGUGUCCCAGAGAGUGAUGGUUUCGUGCGAAGUGACAAAACCCGUAUUGCGCUGGGAAUGAAACCUACUCUUUUCACCAAGAGUCCUGUCCCAUUCCUGAGGAAACUGAUGAAUUGUCGACGAAAGGGGCAGAACUUUGCAGCCACACACAUGGGCCAGAUUCUACACGGAAAGAUUCUAACGGAGAAAGAUCUAGAGUACAAAUGCCCGAUUGAAGAGAUUGUUCAGGGGGUGGAGGUGAUGGCAGUGGGAAGGCAGAGAAUUGAAGAAAGGACGGAUGAAAAGCUUGGGCGGAGUAAAGAGGAGGACGAGAGCCAAUUUGAUACCGACGAGAUAGAUGAUGAUAAGGACGAUGAGGACGAUGAGGAGGAUGAUGAGGAGGAGGAUGAGGAGGAGGAAGACGAUGAGAGCGACGAUUGUGAUGAUGAUGAUCAUGACGACGAGGAUGAAGACGACGACGACGAUGAGGAGGAGGAGGAGGACGACAACGACGACGACGAUGAUGAUGAUUGCGAAUUGUGA